CAAAAUAAUGGAUGCACGUUAAGUUAAUUGUGUUUCUGCGGCAUGGCAAAAACCAAUUUUGGUAGGAUCCAAAGAUUCUCUCGGGGCAUAGAUUUCGAUUUUCUUGUAGUUGUUAAGCCGCUUGCUCUUGUACUGCAUAGCUCGUGGUCUCCAGGGUGAAUUGCCGGGACAAUUCUCCUGAUUGAGGUUCCUAAUGCCAAUGAGAGAAAUGAACACUGCAUCAGUACUUCCAGUACAAUCCAGUGCUCGAGCAUGCAACUAGUAGGCAAUAGGCAAGGAAGCCCAGGCGACGACAGUAGACAAUGAAUGACAACAAAAAAGAAAGAACGAAUCCAAGUCCCUCAAACGAUCAUGGCCAGUUCUGGUGGCGGCGAAGGAAAUGCCCAACGGCCUGAAUCCAAUGAAGAGCCCAAAGUUGGAUCUCGGCUAGAUGAUAGUACUACAGUUACUAAUUCCACCUCCGGCACGCCCAUCAACAAUAACCGCAGUAACAAUGAUACUAGUAAUAAUGACACUAACCCCAACAACAGCAACAACUCCAACUCUAACUCGAGCAAUGGCUUGAUUGGUUUAACAAACUCUCAAGGUUCUUGGCUUGAUGAAAGUACCCCAGGGAGCUCAGUUCCGCCGGGUCCAGUCGGAUCCUUCCCUUCGGCGGACUACUACUACAAUCCAGUCGGUUCUCAUGGAUCCCGUGUUCCAUCUGAACGGAACGAGGUGGACGAGAUUUCUCCACACCUUAACCAUGGCUCACUUCCAUCCAUGGAAUGGAGACAUUCCUCGAUGAUCCAUCCAUCUAUGAGUGCGUACAACCAACACCAUCAUCAUCACCAUCAUCAUCACCCUCCUUCGCAUCCUCCACCACCCCUCCAUCCAUCUGCUCCUGCUCCUCCGCUAUCCCACACGCACCUUGUCCACCACCUUUCCACUAACCAUCUUCAUCUUCAACAUCACCAUCACCAUCAACAACAACAGCAGCAGCAACAGCAGCAGCAGCAACAACAACAACAACUACCGCAGCAUAGCAAUUCUUCCAUUCCUACGAGCCAUUCCAUCUCCAUGGAGAGCUGCUCGUCGCCUUCUGAGAGUUCGCGCCCCCUCCAUGAUAAUUGUGUAUCUCCCAAUCUGGUUCUGCAAAAUUCGCCAAUGGAAGCUUCGCAUUUCGACGGGAUUGCUCACCACGCCCACAAACACGUAUUCUCGUAUGAUAAUAUCCCGUACAAUUCAGGGCCAGUCAAUGAAGGUGCAGCUCAUUUGGGGGAUUCGCCCAUGCCCGCAAAUCCAGAUAGUUCUUUACUUAUGGCUGCCUCGAUUAUCCAAGACUCGGAGUCAACCUCGGUGGGUGUGCAUAGCCUACGUCUCAAACCUCAUUCCACACCUGCCACCCUUUGCUGGUUGGACAAGAAUUAUGAGCUUUCCGAAGGCGUCUGCAUACCUCGGAAUGUGGUGUAUUUUAACUAUGUGGAUUUCUGUAGCAAGAACCAUAUGCAACCAGUCAAUGCGGCGAGCUUCGGCAAGAUAAUCCGCCAAAUGUUUGCCAAUCUGACAACACGUCGCUUAGGAACUCGUGGCCAGUCCCGCUACCAUUACUAUGGGCUGGCAGUCAAGCCCGAUUCAAUUUACUACAGUCCCAACUAUUCGAGUCGAAAGCAUCCAGAGCAUCAAGUCGACGUCAAGCUCUAUUCCAAAAUGGUAGGCAAGAGUGGCUUACACUCGCCCUUGCAUCAGAACGAUUUGAUGGGCCACAGUUUUGGAGAUUUCGCCUCAUUGAAUGGUGGGGCGUUGACGUCUACGGGUGGACACGCCACGUCUUCCUCGCCUUCGCCAUGUUUUUCCACGGUGCAACAACUGCCCGAUUUCCCAUCAUUCCGCGAGUUUGCCCACGCCACCUCGAUCCCAUCGGACAAAUUGCAGACGCUGAUUACGAUGUAUCGGGCUCAUUGCCAACGAAUCAUGGACUCAAUCAAUAAGUUCAGUUUUUCAGAGAUUCCCCAUUUAUUCACGCACUUCUGGCAAGAGAUCCCCCCUCACAUUGCCGACCUCUUGGGUCAGAAUGUGGUGGUGACCCUGAUUGGCGUGUGUGAUGCCAUCCUUUAUCGAACCAUUCUCAAGGCCAUCCUUCCGACGCCGGUUCAGAUGUUUCCCGAGAAUGUGCUGAAAAUCAUCCGUAAAUUUGCGGACGAUGUGGUGGGCAGUCUUCAGUACUCAUUGAAGCAGGUUCCAGAAAAUCUCAUCUACGUCAAAAUGAAACUGGUGAAACAAAUGUCCAAAAUGUUGAAGAGGAGAACAUCCGUGAAUCAUCUCUAUCAAGCUGCGUGUCUCCUGAUGAACUCUUCAAGUUUAUCCAUUUAUGUGCAAAUGGCCCAGGAUUGGCAUAAACUAGACCUGAAGCAAAUCAUUGACGAAUGUGGGACCAAGAUCUGCGCUCGAGAAGAGGUUCAAAUGUUGUGUCAAGAAUUUCAGCAAUUCAUACAUGACAAGGCCAGCAUCUAUCAGAUAUGAGGUUGGUCAACGUCAUUGAUUGAAAACCAUGUCAAAGUGGCAAGUAUGGGUGAAAGCAAUACCAACAAUGCCUAUUCCAUCUCGCUCAUUGGCAAAGUUCGUCGAUUCCUCAUCGUUUGGACCUCUGUGUCAUCCAAGUUACUGAAACAUCUCAAAGAUAGCAAGCCCAAUGGGCCUUCGACAAGCUGCUUCCAUUUGCUACAACUUCUCUUGAACGAGUACAUUUUGCAUGAAAUUGAGCGUCAUCUGUGCGAGGACUCGAUGCGCGAACUUAUGAUGAAUCUAGUCAACGCUCAAGCCAGUGAGCUCUCUGACUCUUCAUUCAUUGAUUCUUUGGGUGCUGAUUUUCUUAGCAACCCAAAUCUCUUCCACGGCUCCUGUGAAGCCCCGCCCACUCCACCUUGCAUCGCUCAUAACUUCAAAGAUCUGAAGCGAAGUCAAUUGGGGUCGGAAGUGAAUCGAAAGAUGAUUAAACUGGAGCGGAAUUGCGAUUUUCUGGACAAAGCAGAGAUGACGAACAAAGUGCAUACGAGUUACUGGCAUUGCGAAACACCCAAUACGAACACCUACACCGAAAAUCAUGCUUCUAAUGUUCAUUGAUGAUGAAAUAAACAAGAGAUUGACACAAACGAACCAAA